UGGCGCAGUCAUUGCCGCGCCGUGGGACGCCGAAAAAGUCCAAGCAGCCAUCCCGCGCAGCCCCUACCGUCUCAUGCCCUCAUGUGACCGCGACCCGCCCCCACACACCACACCACACCACACCACACCACACCGCACGCCUUCUUCAGUUCUUCUCCUCCCUCGCCCUUCCCUCCUCGCCGUCUCGUCGUCGACACACUCAAUUCCUUCCAACUCCCUCCACCCAGGCCACCACCCACGCGGCACUACCGACUCCGACUCCGACCUCCACACCCCACACCACCGAACCACCUCCACCCAAGGACGAUGAUGAGGCCGGCGGGGGACGAGUACGAGUACCGGUACCAGCAGCAAGGCGGCCCCGGCGGCGGCUUCGUCAUCGGCGGCGCGCCGCACGGCUUCAUCAUGGCGGUGGUGGUGGGGCUAGUGGUGGGAGGCCCGCUGUUCCUCGGCGACGGCGGGGAGGCGAUCACGUCCGCGAUCGCGGACCUGCUGGGACCCACGGGCCUCCUCCUGCUCCCCGUCGCGCUCAUCCUCGUCAUCCGCGUCCUCUCCACCGACCGCGGCCCCGCCGCCGCGCUCGCCGACGCCUUCGGCGCCCUCGGCGGGUCCCCGGACUCCGUGCACCGCGUCGGCGGGUCCCCCGUCGGCGUCGCGCUCGCGCUCGCGCUCAUCGCCGUGCUCCUCUACUACCGCUCCGCGCUCCUCGGCGGCGGCGACGGCGGCGACGACGAGUAGCUAGCUAGCGGCUAGCUGGUCGGUAGGUCGUUGACGCCGGCCGGAGGCUGUGGCCGCCAGUGUACAUGCUAUGCUUCGUCGUUGCGAUCUGUGUGAAGUGUAAACUGUGCUGGAUCGUGCUGCUGUCUUUCCUCGUUUGGAUUUGGAAACGCCAGGCCCCUGCGCUACCUACCGUGUGUGCGUGUGUGUUUCCAUAGUUUGGCCGGAUUUUUAUUUAUUUAUUUUUUUGUUAAUAACACACAAGACAAGAUACAUACACAACAGCACAUGCAUGUUUGUGAAACUGGUUUGGAAUCCCGGAACUUGAAGAACACCGGGCUAUCCGAUCUAUCUACCCAUGUCCAUGUUACAUUCUGCACACUGCUGCCUCGUUGCGAAUUUAAAAUUUGAGCUGGAUCGCUCUGUGGUCUGUGCUCUGGUUUGGAAAUGCGAAG